GGACCCCCCCCCCCAUAAACUCCAGCUUUAAGGCGUGGUUGUUUUAAAUAUCAGAACACAGCUUCAGAUCCUUCUCUUAGUCUCUCAUAACUAACAAUGGAUGAUGCUGAACUGGAGAGAAGUUUAAAGCUUUCCUGAAGGAUGCAGAGGAUUUCAGAAGGAAUGCUUUCCUGAUUAUCAAUGAGAUGGUGUUGAAGAGUACACAUCCUACUACUAUAUUAGUGGACGAGGUUCUUCACAGCAUCUUCUUCUUGGGAAAGAUCAACACGCCGCCAUUUUCCCCAGAAGAGACUCUGGUUGAUGAUGAAGUGCUACGUGCAUUUAAGUUCCGAUACCCUUGUGCUUUUUUCCUCUAUUCCUCCGAGGUACCCCGGCGGAGUCCAUUUUCAUGUUUGCUCGACAUGGUUGUCACCCAGGCUGGACGAGACAACGAAGUAAAAAUCAUAAAGGAGCUGAGAAGGUUUGUUGGUGGACUGAAGGGGAGAAAAAACAAAAAGCCUCUGGUCUCCAAAACCAUCUGUGUCUCUCAGAGCAGAAGCCCAGGUUCAGUCAGGUACUACGGAGUCUCCAUGUCCACUUGUUAUGAAGCAAAGACAAUCCUGAUUGGUGCUUCCUGUCUCGGAUACUGGCACGAAUACGUAGCUGAUGCAGUGAUGACCUUCUAUCCAGAGCCAGGUAGUGAGCAAUAUGUCAGAAAGCCAUAUUUCAAUGGAACCAUCAGAGUCCCAGAGCAGGUCCGGUGUGAAACCUUUGAUCUCUAUGACAAAGCAUCAACGUUAGUAGUAAAGCCUCCUUGUAGACUAUGUCGUGACAUGUUUGGUUUGGGGACAACCGAGACAAGGCCGAGAUGGCCCCAUGGCAACUGUUCUGAAGCUGAAAGUCUGAGCCGGUUGUUUGGAGGUGAACGGUUAGUUAUAUCCCAGGUACGAGUAACAUCACCGUACAUAGGGCACUCCAGACUGAGAGCUAGAAAAAGUGUAUUUGAGACACUGAGAGGUUUGGUCCAUGACGAACGCUUUAAGAGCUUUAGUGAAUGGACAGAUCGGUUCUACACCCCAGAGACCGCCAGAUCUUAAAGAGGGGGAAGACUGGAUCAGGGUCAGGACCAGGUGCUUUACUCCUGAUUGGACUCGUUCGUGUGAUUUUAGUUUAUUGUGAUUCAAUAAGAUAAUUGGGAUUUAAUAAGUUUAUUGUGAUUCAAUAAGUUUAUUGUGAUUUAAUAAGUUUAUUGUGAUUCAAUAAAUUUAUUGUGAUUUAAUAAGAUUAUUGUGAUUUUAUUUUCCUUCUUUAAAACCCUUCUAGAGACAAUAUAUGUUUUCUAAGAAGAAUGACGUGUCUUCAGUCUGAUGAUUUCUAUAUAAAACAUGAGAAGAACAGAACAUGAAUCUUCUGCCUUUGUAUUGAUUGAAUAUUAAAUAUUGAUGAGAAGACUUCAUCUGGUCCUUUGUUACCCGUGAAGAUGAUUCUUUAU